CGCGCAAAAGGGCGCGUCCGCGUGUUGGAUCAAGUGUGCGAGACGAGAGGACUGCAUCACAGCUCAUUCAAAUCCUGUCCAGACGCUGACCUAACACAGAGACACAGCCAUGGCCUCCGGAGUUACAGUGGAAGAGAAUGUGCUGACUGUCUUCAACGACAUGAAGGUGCGCAAGGCACAGCCUAAUGAGGAGGAGCGGAGGAAGAGGAAGAAGGCUGUCCUCUUCUGCCUGAGUGACGAUAAGAAGAAGAUCAUCAUGGAGGAGGGCCGUGAGAUCCUGCAGGGAGAAGAGGGUGACCCCUACCUCAAGUUUGUCAAGAUGCUUCCACCUAAUGACUGCCGCUACGCACUCUACGAUGCUACAUAUGAGACCAAGGAGACCAAGAAGGAGGACCUGGUUUUCAUCUUCUGGGCCCCGGAAGGUGCUCCACUGAAAAGCAAGAUGAUCUACGCCAGCUCCAAGGAUGCAAUCAAGAAGAAGUUCACAGGUAUUAAACAUGAGUGGCAAGUGAAUGGUUUGGAUGACAUCAAAGACCGAAAGACCCUUGGUGAGAAGCUUGGAGGAUCGUCGGUGAUCACUCUUGAAGGGAAGCCUCUGUGUGAUUGAGGCCAGCACUUCUGAGGGGUAUAGCUGUUCAUUCCAGCAUUGGUAGGGGAAGGGGUGGUUUGGCGGCAAUGUUUGCCAGAUUAAAGGGUGGUAUCUUUUGGGGGGGGGGGGGGGGGGGUUGUUGUAAGUGACAGUUUCCAAACUUCACAGAAAUGUAGGCUGUCAUUCCAUUUCACACAUAUGAACAAAACAAAAACACAAAAGGAAAAAAAAAAUCUCGAAAAAGUUUAAAAAAAAAAAUGAUGAAGGAUGAUGAUUAUAAACUAUUAUAACUAUAAAUGUGUGCAGACAGGUUUUUGUUCUUUCUAGGUUCCAUUAGAUUGUUGAAGAAAGAAGCCGAGACUGAACUGCAACCAUUAGAAUUGAGCUAUUUGAAUUUGCAGAAUACUGUUCAUAAUUAUACAAUUUUGUUUUGUUUUUUUGCCAAACUUCUAGUUAAUUUUUUCUAAGUAUGUGUGCGUAGCUGGGACUAGUCUAGUACAAAACAGUUUACUGCAAGACUGAUUGCACAAGAUCUGUCAACCCUUUUGGGAAUAAUUAUUUCUCUCCCCUGUGUUUCUUUCCUUAUUUUUGGACUUCCAAGUGUUUAAUGAUUCCAGCUCUUGUUUUCAAACCUCUCCAAGUCUGAUUCCCAACCAUGGCACUGAAACCAUGUCAA